AUAUUAUUUGAUACACUUUUUUUUUUAACCUAUGAAUAACUGCUGAAUUGAUCUCAACGUGGAACGUUGUGAGAAAGAUCUAGAUUUGGUAGGUAAAAGUACCACUAUAUACUAACAAACGUGUCAUACUUGUGCUAAGCCACCGAUAUUCCCCCAGCUCUUGACCAUUUUCCAACUAUAUUCUUAUCAAAUUAAAGCCAUACUGCCAUUGGAACAACAAUUCUUCAUUUCUUUAACAACUCAAAAAAAAUUGUGGUUAUUUUGGGCAGCAAUAAGAUGGCAGCAGGUAUAUUAAUCAUCAAAAAAGGCAUAGCAAAUUCAGUCUUCCUCAGGAACAAUGUCUACCCUCUUUGCUUUUUCUCUUCACCUAAUUAUUACAAGGGGUACCAUGCAUCAGCUGAACACAAAAGAAACCCAGACUAUGAUAAAGGUUUCAACGACGAUCGAACCAUAGACGAUGCAGGAGAUAGAAUCCUCGAGAUGACGGAGAAAACUAAACGAAGCAUGGAAGAAUCGAUGGCAAAAACCGCGAGGAAGAUCGAUGAAUCAAAGAAGAAAUCAGAGAAAACAAGUGAAUUGGUACAUGAAACUAUAGAUGAAGUAAAAAAGACUAGGGAAAAAAUGAAGAAUAUAUGGGGUAAUGCUAAAGAGAAAACGAACAAGAUUAAAGAAAAUGUUGUUGGUAAAUUAUGGGAUAAUAAUGAUGAUAUAAAUAAUAUUGAAGAUCAUACUGGUAGAAAGAAGAAAGAAAAUGAUAAGAAAUAUUGAAAAAAGGGGCUAGAAAAUGGUUUGGUACGUAUUAUAAUUUGUAUCGCAUUGGAUAAUAAUAUUAUAUGUAUGGUGUUAUUUUGAUGAAUAUUAUAUUUUAUUCAUCAUUUUUAAAGUUGUGUUGUAUUAUAUAAUAUCAUGUACUGUUAUUUUGAUCAACAUUAUA